UCUGAUUGGCGACCAAAACCCGCGACAAUCAAGAGACACAACCACGGGCAACCACCAUCCUCAGGCGCACAGGCUACAGACUAAUACAGAGGCCUCUGGGCGUCGUAGAUCCAUCACAGACAUUGCUUUGACCAGUGCCGGACCGCCAGCAUGAAAUUCGGUCAGACCUUGCGCGAUAGCAAGUACAGCGACUGGUCAUACAUCAACUACGAUGCGCUCAAGGCGCUGCUGAAGCAAGAUCAAUCCACGGAAGACUGGCAGGAGAGCGAUGAAUCUACAUUUGUUGAAAAGCUAGACGCAGAGCUGGAAAAAGUGUAUUCCUUCCAGAGCAACAAGUACGAUGCGCUGCUUGAGGAUGUAUCCAAGCAUGAAGAAGCGCUCGAGUCGCUCACUGAGGCAGACACGAAGCCAGAUGACAUGCGCAUCAAGGAAUUCCUCAAAAAGCUUGAUGAGCUGACGGAGGAGGGACGCGAGCUCGAACGUUACAGCAGGCUCAACUACUCUGGCUUUGUCAAGAUUGUCAAGAAGCACGACAAGUUGCACACAGAAUAUACGGUCAAGCCACUUUUGACCGUACGUCUCAACGCUUGCCCAUUCAACAAGGAAAAUUAUUCGCCCUUGCUGUACAGACUAUCGGCCUUGUAUGCCGGCUUGCGUGAGCUCGCUGGCGAGCAGCCAUCUCAGGAGCUGACUCAGUCUCUUCCACAAUCUCUGGGUGCUUACGAUAAUCUGGGCAAGGAGUCCAAGGCAAGUUACAAGUUUUGGGUACAUGCGGAUAACGUCAUGGAAGUCAAGACGUUUAUCCUUCGACGCCUGCCAGUACUCAUUUUCACCGCACAAGACGAUCAGAAUCUAGAGCCAUCUGGCUACCAAGAGGAUCCCACCAUUACUCAACUCUACCUCGACAACCCACGCUUUAAGAUGUACCUCGACAAGCUCGAGCACCGCGAGAAUGCACAUGCCAUCUUUUUGCAAUGGCACGGCAACCUCAAGAGCAAGCCCACUGUAACUUUUACACGCGAAACGACCACUGGCGAGGAUGACGCAGACUUCACUUCAGAGUCUUUCCCAAUUAAGGAAAAGUACAUCAAAGCCUUCAUUGGAGGCGAACCAGUCCUCGACAAGCAAUCCAAGAAGCAACUCCAUCCUACAGCUUUUGCCGCAACAGUCAAGUCAGUACAGCAAGAGAUUGUUGAUCGUGGUCUUGAACCUGUUAUGCGUGCUACUUUUCAGCGUACUGCUUUCCAGAUCCCGGGCGACGAUAGCGUCAAGGUGACGCUGGACACCAAUGUUGCACUAAUCAGGGAAGAUGCCUUCGACAAGGACAGGCCAUGCAGAGAUCCAGAGGACUGGCACCGCAACGACAUCGACGAGCAAGGACAAAUGUACCCUUACAAAUCCAUCAAUAAGGGCGAAAUCAACCGCUUCCCAUUUGGCCUGCUCGAAAUCAAACUCAAGCGUCGUCCAGGCAUGCAAGAACCUUCAUGGGUUGAAGAGCUGAGCGCCUCGCAUCUCGUCAAGCCGUCACCACGAUUCAGCAAGUAUGCGCAUGGCGUGGCUUCAUUGUUUGAAAAUCACGUCAACUUGUUGCCCUUCUGGUUGCCUGAUGCAGACAAGGAUAUUCGACGCGACCCAGGACAAGCAUAUGAUGAGCAUGAAGCAGAUUCAGCCAGCUCCUAUCCGCCAAAAAUGAUCUUUACCCCUUCCAAGAGUCUCGAAUCCAAGUCUUUGAUGGAAGCUGCCAAGAAUGCUCGAGCCAAUGCAGGUGCUAGCAAACAAGAUGGCCCCUCAACCAAAAUCACCCGUACAAAUUCAGCAGAGCGAUCCAAUCAGUCUGACGCAGAUGGGGAAGAGCGACAGGGUGCGCCCCGGGAAGCGUUCGUGCGUUCCUCUGUUCAGCGGGUCAAGUCCUUCCAUAAAGUUUUGACUGGCUCAGCGACUGGCUCGCAUCGUACCACAAACUUCCAGCUUCCACCCGGUGUGCGUAAGCCUGGACCGCUUCUCAAGGACUCAGGUCCUCUCAAAAUUGAGGCGAAAGUAUGGCUCGCAAAUGAACGCACAUUCAUCAAAUGGAUGCACGUUGCCUUUCUCCUCACAACCGUGAGUCUUUCCCUUUUUAAUGGCGCGCGCAGUACAUCCGGUCGUACGCUCGGUGCCGUGUAUGCACUCAUCUCUGUCUUGAUGGGCAUGUGGGGCUACUACAUCUAUCGCAAGCGUGGUGCCAUGAUUCGUGCUCGAUCACCAGAGCAUUUCGAUUCCUUCCUAGGUCCACUUAUCGUCUGUGUAGCACUGGCUGUGAGUUUGGUGGUGAACUUUUGGUGGAAGUACCUGGAGAUGAAGGAGGUGCAUGGGUCUGCGCAUGCGUUCUUUAUGCAAGGCGGGUAUGCGGCUGCACAAUCACGGACGGCCUUUUGAUGUCUGGAUCCUACAAUCAAAUUCUCAGCAGUCAUGCUGCUUACUUAGCUGAUUUAUCAUUCUUGCACAUCGUACCUCUCCGUCUC